AUGAGCGAGCAAUGCGUCCUAAUACCGGGAGAAUUUGGAGUGUUCGUGCAGCUCUUCAUCGGCUUUGUAUCCAUGGGAAUAUUAUUAACAAAAUAUGCUUUUGAAAAACCCAGAAGAACCUUUAUUAAAUUUUUAAAAGAUGUAAUUGUCAUCAUAUGUGGAUCUAUAGUAUUACAUAUGACAAACAUAUUUACAUGCAUAUUCAUUUCCCGAUAUCAUAUAUUGUCAUAUUUAUACAAAAUUGAUAUGGACGAAUGUUCCAUAUAUUUUAUUCAAAUAAUAAUUGAUGCAACAUUAGGUUUAUAUGUAGAAUAUAAAUUAUUUGCUUUAUUUAAAUUUAUGAAAUUUAGAAAGGAAUAUUUAUAUAACAAUUCCACACCAACUAUAUAUAAACCGGUUGAUGCAUUAUCACAUUAUUCUUCUUUUAUCAAUUUUUCAAAUAAUAAGGAUGAAAAAAAAUUGAAAGAUCACAAAAACAUAAGCAAUAAUAAAAUAAAUCAGAAUUUUCAUCCAAACUCGUUAAGCUUAAAUAAUGAACACAUAGAACAAAAAAAUUCCAAUGCAUCUAACAUAAAUCAAUCGAAAAAUAUAUCGACCCAAUCUGAUUCUAACAAUUUGGAAACGUUUAAUAUUAGUAACACAUACACAACGGAUAAUGCUUUGUAUAAUUUUGCAUCCCAGGAAAGUAUUGGAAAUCAACUUAUUACAUCCCAUAGUGCCACCGAGAAAACAUUAGAAAUUGGAUCAACUAGAACGAAUGAGAUAAACAACAUUAGUAAAUACCAAGAGGGAGUAGUAAGAAAAGGUGAUAAGUUUCACGAAACACACAAAUGUGAUACGUAUGAAAAAGAGGAUGAAAAUGUUAAUAACGAUAUUGACAUUGACAAUAUUAGUGCGAAAAGGAAUGAACAUAACACGUAUGAAGAAUGCAACCAAUAUGAUAAGUAUAAAAAAUAUUAUAAUAGUAAUUCCCAAGAUUACAAAAAUGAAUUAAAAUUAUUAACAGACGAAACACCUAAUGAAGAAGUAUGUAUUCAGUUAAAUGAAAAUAAUGAAAAUAAUAAAGAAACUACAGUUAUAUAUGAAAACAAAAAUUCAGAUAUGUACAAAAAAAUUGAAGAAAGCUAUAUGGAUCUUGAUUUAUUUCAAAAUAUUUUAAUAUGGCUUUCUGUAGUCAUAACGGCAAAGUGUAUUUCUUUUCUUAUUUUUUUUUUAUUUUCCCCUUUUUUUAACAUGUUUGUAUUGGGAACAAUAGCCAAUAUUACUGAUAUGAGAUACAAACUUCUCGUAGUGAUGGUCAUUUUGCCUUUUUGUUUUAACUUCAUUAUAUAUUUUUAUACCGAUAGUAUAGUUAAAUCCAAGCAUACGUGUAGAAGUGUAAAUAACGACAAGAUAUAG